AUGGACGAAGCAGUUCGACCAAGCUACAAGGCCGGCCUUUUCGACCGCUUGAACAUCGCCCUGUUCCAUUUCGUCAAUAGGUUCAUCCCAUGGCACAAACUUCCCAGCUUGAUCGGGGCUUUGAAUCUGGAGGCUUUGCGCGUCGAGCUCCGACAGUACAAUCUGCACGAUACCUACCCUGAUGGUACCUUUCAAGGCACACAGGCGACAUGCCCCAUGACCAGCACACGCUUCGAAAAGGCGCGCAACUCUGAUGGCAAGUUCAAUUCCACGGAGAUGCCGCUGAUGGGCUGCACCGGCAUGCGCUUUGGCCGGAACUUCCCCAGAGCCUUCUGCCCAAAGCCGCACGAAGAGGACCUAUGGAACCCGAACCCGAGAAUGCUGAGCGAACGUUUCAUGAAACGAGACAGGUUCAUCCCCGCUACAACUCUGAAUUUGUUGGCGGCGGCGUGGAUUCAGUUUCAGACUCACGAUUGGUUCAAUCACGAUACCACCGAUGAGAUGUACAACAUCGAGCUCCCUCCUGGAGAUUCAUGGCAAGGCGGCAAGCCGAUGCAGCUUGACAAGACGGGACCGGAUGAGAUCAUCAGCGACACCGACCAUAAAUCUCCCGGUUACAAGAAUCUCAACACGGCCUGGUGGGAUAGCUCCCAGAUUUACGGCUCCAGCGAAGCCGUUACACAAUCAUUGCGCAACAUGGACAGCGACGGAAAGCUGACGCUCACCAAAGACGGCCGCGAGCAGUUCCUUCCUCGCGACGAGAACGGGUUGCCAAAGACCGGGUUCAACAACAACUGGUGGAUAGGCAUGGAGAUCUUGCACACCCUGUUCGCACUGGAGCACAAUUCCAUCUGCGACAUGCUGCGCCGCAGCUACCCAGACUGGACAGGCGACCAAAUCUUCGACAAAGCCCGGCUGGUCAACUGCGCGCUCAUGGCCAAGAUCCACACCGUGGAAUGGACGCCUGCUAUCCUAGGGCACCCAACGCUCCAGAUCGCCAUGAAUGCGAAUUGGUGGGGUCUGGUCGGCGAGAAACUGACCAAAUUACUCGGCCGUAUCUCCAAGACCAGCGAGGUCGUCAGUGGUAUACCCGGUAGCGGUGUCGAUCACCAGGGCGUACCUUAUUCCCUGACCGAGGAGUUCGUCUCCGUGUACCGCAUGCACUCGCUCGUUCCGGACAAGAUUGCCUUCUUUGAUGCCCAUGAUGGCCACCAUCGCAAGACCAUCCCUGUGGAAGACAUGCUCUUCACAAAGGCACAAGACCCGCUCGACCCACCCGAGGAACUCAGCUUCGCCGACGCCUUCUACUCCUUCGGCAUCAACUACCCCGGCGCGAUCACGAACAACAACUACCCGGCCUUCUUGCGGAACUUGAAGGUGCCAACCGACAAUUUCACCCGCGACAUGGGCACCGUCGACAUUGUCCGCGACCGCGAACGUGGCGUGCCUCGGUACAACCAAUUUCGCCGCCUAUUGCGCAUGCCUGCCAUGAAGACCUUCGAGGAACUCACAGGCGGCAAUAAAGCCCUCGCAGCGGAGUUGUCCGACGCGUACAACGGGGACAUCGAACUCGUCGACACCCUGAUCGGCAGUCAUUCCGAACCUCUUCCCAAGGGCUUCGGCUUCUCCGAUACGGCGUUCAGAAUUUUCAUACUUAUGGCAUCGCGUCGUCUCAAGAGUGACAGAUUCAUCGCCGGCCAGUGGAACGCAGACAUGUACACCAAAGAGGGGCUAGCGUGGGUGCAGAACAGCACCAUGAAGGAUGUCCUCGGCCGUCAUUUCCCGGAAUUGAAACCCGUGCUGAAGAACAGCAAGAACGCGUUUGCGCCGUGGACCAUGUUGGACAAGAGCAAGGCCUAUGGGGGGAUCGAGACCAAUGCACCAGCGAAGUGA